AUGCCUAACUCCCAGUUCACACAACGACCGACAACCCUACGGGCGUAUUCAAGUCAAAUGCACCAGUACACAAUGAGUCAAUUAAUGGUUCUAUCUGGUCCCUCUACUAUGAUCUUGGCGCCAACCGAAAUUUCGGCCCCAGACUCCGAUUCUUCUACUCAGAACCCCUAA